AUGACCACCAAGUGUGCUAUUUUUCCCCUUUUACUGUGGUCCCAUGUUCGAGGCCCCUUUGAGGCUGUUGCUGGACGGAAGUUGCCGUCGAGACGAGUUGAAAACGGCUUUUCGGGACGAUUUGUGAAUGAAGAUUUAUUUUCUAAGAAGCAAGCUUCUUCUUCAAUUUCAUUAUCGACACCAGCUCAACAUGAAACCACUCGUAACCGGUUCGUUUCGACCACAAUCAGGUGGCCACCUCAACCGGCCAGACAUGUGUUUCUCACAGAGCAACAUGUUUGCAAGGAUCUUGACAGGACACAGCAGAGGCUCUUCCAGCAACCCGGCCGAAUGUUUAUUCAGCUGUUCCCUGUUUCCACUUGCCAGCCCUCCCGUCUCCCUCCUGCACCGCGCGAGGCUGGCAGACUCGGAUUACGGCCGAGUCGAGAGUGA